AUGGGCUUUUUCUCGAGAAAGUUGAAGAAGACAGCGCAGUGCAAUGCCGUGAAUACAGCAUCAGAAAGUGGUAUAAGCAUACGCUCAACACCUGGCACGAAGGAUGUGCCGACUACACCAGAAACCGCCGACGGGGCAGAAUCACCUGGCACUGCUGCACCAACAAAUCCUGCUUCUAUUUCAGCAGGGAGCGAAACAAUGGCAGUGGAUAUCCAAGAGCCAAAGGUGGAAGACGACAAGAAAUCCCGGGCAAAAAAAAAACACCGAACAAGAAUCAGUGUCACAACUCCUGACAAGAGUGACAAAGAUACCAAUGUUUCGGGGGCUGCACGUCAAAAUCAAGACGACAAUACCCCUCCAUCAACCCAGCAUUUCGAUGAGCCGGAAAUGUAUGAAGAUAACAACACUAAAAAUGACGCCCAUAGGUCAGGUGAUACUGAAGGAGAUGAAACUGGGCUAGAUAACACAUUGUUUCUGGAUGACGAUGAAGAGAAUUUGGAAGACGAUGAAAACAUUCAAAGUGAGGAUACUACGGUAAACAGAAACCUGCUUGGUAGCUUUGAAGGAUGUGAUAUUUUCCCAGAUGCGCUGAAGGCGAUGUUACCCGAGUCAUGGCAACAAAGAGGCAACGGAACAGCCGAACAAGGUGUAAUUUUGGUUGAGAAGCCGCCGAAAAAGAUGUCCUACUAUAGUGAGGAAUUUGCAACAAAGUUUCUUCAGGAACUGCUCAAGAGCGGAUUUGCACUUGUCUACCAUCAGCCAUCUUUGACCAUCGAAGAAGAGAAAGCUGAUUGGCAAGGUCGUUCAGUCACAAUGAAUUUCAAAACUGGCGUAUGCAAUGCAUUGGAAGUUUUCCAACCAGAGAUCGAGUGGUCUACGAUGGGUGGUGGAAAAGAAACGAAGAUCUUGACUCGCUCUGUCUCGUUGCUCGAUAUUCAUUCUGUUAGUGUGUCCAGCGCCGAUGACAUGCGCGACAACCUAGAAGCUGGGGAAAUCGAGGAAAUUCAAUGCUUUUUUACUUUGACAACCAAAACAGGCGAUAUCCACGUCUUUGAAGCGAUGCACAUAAACGAAAGCAAGCGACUCGUCUUGGGAAUUAAAAAUAUAUCUGGCCGCUAUUCCAACCUCGUCGUGGCUGGUGAUCCGCGAGUGGUGGUCGAAUAUUUUGACAAUUCGUCCGAUCCUCAAGAAAUCCGAUUGCCAUUUGAACGGGCCAUCGUGCAAGUAUCACAUGCAUUCUUGGACUAA